AUGCAAGCGUUCACAUGCCAGCGUUGCAAGCAACCAUUACGCAUCGACGACUCAUUGGCAGACUUGGAUUCAGCAUCAGCCGAUCUGUUGACAGCACCUCUUUCGGCCGAGGAACAAUACCAGCAGCAGUUACGACAGCAAAGUUCACAACACUCGACAACAAAGGAUCCUUUAACAAAGCGACAUGUUGGCGUGGGGAACAAACAAUCCAUGGCAGGUGGUGGCAGCAACAACAAUCGAUCUAUGCGUGAUAGUCUUCCUCUUCCUUCCGAAUCGUUCGUGGUAUUGACCAGGUCACAAGUGGGUCAAAAUCAGGUGCCCUCGUCAUCAUCACCUUUGGCAUCCUAUUCUUCUUCAUCUCCUGCUACGACUACAGCCACUGCCAUACCAUCAUCAUCAUCACCUGCUACUAGCAAUCAUCAUCUCACUACGAGUCCUCAUGCUACAUCCGCCGCCGCCACCACCACCACGAGUAACAAUCAACCGCAUCAUACCACCACCAGUACAGCCACAGGGGCGAACAAUGGAUCAUCAUCUACACAUGACGAUACAAGCAAUCGCAACAACAGCCUAUCGCAUCGUUUACGAGUUGCCAAUCGUUUAUUCAACAUCAUUUCAUCCAAAUCCAGUAUUGAUCAUCCAAUGUGUCAAGAAUGCACGGACUUGUUGCUCGAGAGUCUUGAAAAGGAAUUGGAAGAUGUGAGUCGAGAACGUGAUGCCUACAUUGAAUUCUUUGCCAAGAUCAAGGAAAAUCGAGUGGAUGAUGAUAUGCGAAAAGAACUUGAACAUGCUGUGGAGCAGCUCAAGGAAGCCGAGAAGGAAGCUUUAGCCGAAUUGUCGAAGGCACAAAGCGAGCACGAAUUGGUACAACAAGAAUUAGAAGAAUUGGAAAGAGAAUUGAAGGCUUUGGAUGAUCGAGAGGAACGCUUUUGGGAACAAUACAACGAUUAUGAAAUCAAGCUGGAGAACUUUCAGAAUGAGCGUGAUUCCAUCAACCUCAAGUAUGAUCAUGACGUCAAGCAAUACGAGCGACUUCAACGUACCGUUGUAUACAAUGAUGCAUUCUGCAUAUCUCAGGAUGGGCCAUUCGGUACGAUCAAUGGGUUUCGCCUUGGAAGACUUAGUUCGCAUCCUGUGGAAUGGAGUGAGAUCAAUGCAGCAUGUGGUCAGACCUUAUUACUUCUUUACACGGUGGCUAACAAGCUCAAAUUUCAAUUCAAAACAUAUCGACUUGUACCCAUGGGAUCAUUUUCUCGAGUGGAAAAGGUGGAUGGCGAUAUUGUGAAUUCGUAUGAAUUAUAUGGAUCUGAAAUUGGCUUGAGUCGGAUGUUCCUGAAUCGAAGAUUUGAUCAUGCUAUGGAAGGGAUGCUGAAUUGCCUAAAGCAGUUGACCGACUUUGCAGAGGAAAGAGAUCGAAGUUUGAGAUUCCCGUACCGUAUUCACAAGGACAAGAUUGGUGAUUUAUCCAUCCGUGUGCAAUUUAAUCAAGAUGAAGCAUGGACACGAGCGCUCAAGUAUAUGCUCACCAAUAUGAAAUGGGUGUUGGUGUUUGCAAGUAGAGCCAACGUUUCUGUGGAGUCUCAUUAG